CCGCCAGCCGCUUCUCGCUCCUUAGUAUCCCGGCACGAACGGCGCGCGCGCACGGGACAAACGCGCAGCGCGCUCCGUGCCAUGGCGCUCCACGUACUUUGGUUGGUGGCUGUAUUGGCGCCUUUAACAGGAGUAAUAACGCAAGAUGAUGGUUGGAUGGACGUUAACGACAUAAAUGCAAGCCGUUGGCCGCCGACCGAUUGGUAUGGUACCCGGAACCAACCAUCGCCGCCCUCGCCGACGGAUUGGUACGGUGCGCGUAAUGAUCCGCGCAAUGAUCCGCGCAGUGAUCCGCGCAGUGAUCCGCGCAGUGAUCCCCGCAAUGACCCUCGCCCAGAACCUCCUGCGCCUACAAGAUAUUACGGGCUGUCAGGGCGGCCAGACGUUCCCGCGCCACGACCGCCGCCCAGCCCAGGCCUUAACUUCGCUGUAUACGACCCUGUAACGCGGCAGCGCACCACCGCUGUGGACCGGAAUUGUACGGCGCCCGGUUGCUGUGUACCAAAAUGUUUUGCUGAAAAGGGAUCAAGAGGUUUUCCAGGUAUUGCAGGUCCACCGGGAAUGAGAGGUCUCCCUGGUCACGAAGGUGCUGAAGGCCCGCAAGGACCAAAGGGACAAAAAGGACAGUUGGGUCCACAGGGUCCUCGAGGUCCAAAGGGCGAUAGAGGUAAACCUGGAGCUCAAGGUUUUAUUGGUCUCACCGGACCGCCGGGACCACAAGGAGAAACUGGAAUUCCCGGUAUACCAGGAAGAGAUGGCUGUAAUGGAACAGAUGGUGAACCGGGAGAAUCAGGUCCCAAGGGUUCGCAAGGGCCCCGGGGUAUCGGGGGACCAAAGGGAGAUAAAGGAGACAAGGGAGAAGCAGCUCAUAUGGGCCGAUAUCCCAAAGGACAGAAAGGAGAACCUGGAGCUGAUGGUAUGCAAGGUAGUCAAGGACCUGUCGGACCACCAGGACCUUCUGGAUUACAAGGACCAAAAGGAAAUACGGGUCCAAUGGGACAACAAGGAUUUAAAGGAGAUAAGGGCACUAAAGGUUCAAGGGGUCAAUCGAUUCAAGGAGACAAGGGAGAUAGGGGGGAUCGAGGUGACAAAGGGCCAGGUUGUCCUCCGAUUAUAUUGCCUUGGGAGGAUAAUAAAAGCGCGAUCAGAGGAGUUCCAGGUGAUAUGGGACCAAAAGGAGAGAAAGGAGAGCCCGGAAAAUUUGGCGAGAAGGGGGAUACUGGUCCUGUAGGUGAACCAGGUUUAUCAGGACAAAUGGGAAUUAAAGGAGAGAAAGGCAUUAGAGGAAAUCCCGGAGCAAUAGGAAGAGAUGGUAUGUAUGGCGCUCCAGGACCAAUGGGACAAAAGGGAGACAGAGGUAAUGAUGGACUUGCAGGAUUACCAGGACGCCCAGGUGGAAAGGGAGAACCUGGAAGGGAUGGGUUACCAGGACAAAGAGGUCUUAAAGGUGUGCAAGGAUUACCCGGUGGGCGCACUGGAUCUCGCGGCCCGCCAGGUCCUGCAGGACCCAGAGGUUAUAUGGGCCCAGCGGGACCAAAAGGUACAGACGGAAGACCUGGGGAACGGGGAGAAUCAGGUCCAAUUGGAGCUCCGGGUGGUCAAGGAGAACCAGGAACACCAGGCAUAGAAGGACCUGCUGGUCAUAAGGGAGAAAAGGGAGAGCCUGGCUUGGAUGGGCCUCAAGGAGAAGUUGGUGCUAGAGGUUAUGAUGGACCAGUUGGCCCACAAGGACCAAGAGGAUUUAAAGGCGAAGACGGUUAUUCGAUCCCCGGUGAUAAAGGCAUGAGUGGUCGUCCCGGAAUACCUGGAGAAAGAGGACAAAAAGGUGAACGAGGUUAUCCCGGAUUACGUGGUGUACCCGGAAAUUCCACAUUGGGAACUCCUGGAAGCCCGGGAGAAAUGGGUGCUCCGGGAGAGAAGGGAGAUAAAGGUACUCCUGGUACUGAUGGCACACCUGGAACUUCUGGACCUAAAGGUGACAUAGGUGGCCGUUGUAAUGAAUGUUGGCCUGGCGGUCCGGGUGAGAAGGGUGAUCGUGGUGAAGACGGAUUCCCGGGCGAAAGGGGGGAAAGAGGACCUUCAGGUCCUGUAGGCCUACCAGGUGAACGUGGCGCGGAUGGGUUAAAUGGAUUACCCGGUUCAGCAGGCGCUCCCGGCGAACGCGGUGACGAGGGCCCUAUGGGUCCACCUGGAGAUAAAGGCGCCGAUGCUAUUAUACCAUCAAGCUUGAUAAAGGGACCUCCUGGAGAAAAGGGACUACAAGGGCCGAGAGGCCCACCAGGCCCAAAAGGUGAAAGAGGAAGCGAUGGCUUUAAAGGCGAUCGUGGUCAGAUUGGUAUGCCUGGACAUAAGGGAGAUCAAGGCUUUUUGGGACCGCCUGGCGCGGAUGGUAUUCCUGGAAUUCCUGGGACUCCUGGAGUACCUGGUGCCAAAGGUGCUUCAGUUAAAGGAGAAAAGGGAACUCCUGGUGAUGUAGGUCAAAAGGGUGAUAAAGGAUUCCCAGGAAUCUUAGGAAGGAAAGGAGAACCUGGCAUGUGUCCGGCAAAUCUACUAGAGUUAACCAAGGGUGAUAGGGGAGCUCAAGGACCACCAGGACCUCAAGGAUUACCAGGUGACAUAGGUGAAAAAGGAGAUAAAGGUUUCUCAGGUCGCCCUGGAGAUAAGGGUGAUAUGGGGUUAGUUGGAAGACCGGGUCCAGUUGGACCUCGUGGACUUCCUGGACCAAGAGGUGAAAAAGGUGAUAUGGGUAGUAUGGGCUUCCCCGGAACACCUGGCGAAUUCGGCCCUAGAGGAUUCCCCGGAAUUCCUGGGCUAAAAGGAGAUAAGGGUGAAAUUGGUCCUUCCAUGCCUGGUCCUCCUGGACCUGCAGGUCUAACUGGAGAAAAAGGAGACCAGGGACCAAGAGGAAUAUCUGGACUACCUGGAAAUGACGGACCACCGGGAGCAAUGGGCUUACCAGGUGAAAAGGGAGAAAUGGGAUUAUUUGGAAGGCAGGGAAGUCCAGGACUCCCAGGACAGAAAGGUGAUGAUGGCCCUAUUGGUCCUCCUGGCGUACCAGGUCUGCCAGGUACACCUGGGAGGGAGGGUCCUAAAGGACAGCAAGGAUAUCCCGGCAUUCCAGGUAAAUCAGGAGUUAUAGGCUUGCCUGGCAAAAAAGGAGAACCUGGCCUGCAGGGGCCUGAUGGCCCUAAAGGUUUCCCUGGAGCUCGUGGUCGUCCAGGUCCCAGAGGCAUAACGGGGGUAGAUGGCAUGCCAGGGGAUAAAGGAGAUAAGGGAGAAUUAGGUUUUCCGGGCAUACCUGGAGUAGCAGGCCCUGCCGGACCCAUUGGCCCCGUAGGUGUCCCUGGUCUCAAGGGCGAUCAAGGUUUUGACGGACCAGCUGGAACGCCAGGAAGAACAGGCUUAUCUGGAGAUAAGGGUGAUAGAGGUUUUCCAGGUAUUCCUGGCCCCAAAGGUGAACCAGGUUUAGCAGCAGACAAAGGUGACAAAGGCGACCAAGGUUUACCUGGUUUGAGAGGUUUGGAUGGAGCUCCAGGAAUGACAGGCGACAAAGGAGAUAAAGGGAAUGCUGGUUUACCGGGUUACGGUCUACAGGGAACGCCCGGACAAAAAGGUGACACGGGUCCUCAAGGAUUCAAUGGCUUACCUGGAUUACCAGGUGUUAAAGGGGAUCGGGGAUACCCUGGUGUACGAGGCCAGAAAGGCGAAAGAGGCAUUGCAGGGGAACCUGGCAGACCAGGCACACCAGGUAUUGAUGGAAUGCCUGGGUCAGUUGGUGAGCCGGGAUUCCCCGGGCUGCAAGGUGAAAAAGGUGAUAAAGGAGACAGGGGCUUCCCUGGACCUGAUGGAUUAGAUGGUCUUAAAGGAGAACGAGGUCCUGUUGGCCCUGUUGGUCUACCAGGACUAAGAGGAGACAAAGGAUUGAAAGGCGAUCUGGGUCUACCUGGAAUAUCAAUUGACAUUAAGGGAGAUAAAGGAGAUACAGGCCCUCAAGGAAAUCCUGGUUUUAGUGGAGAGAAAGGAGAUGCCGGUAGAGAUGGAGAGCGAGGCUUACAAGGAGAAAAGGGAGAUCAAGGAUUUACGGGACAAAAGGGAGAGCGGGGAAGAACUGGAUUUACAGGAGAAAGAGGAGAAAGAGGUCCUAUUGGUCCAUCUGGCAUCCCUGGACUUACAAUCAAAGGAGAAAAAGGAUUACCUGGAACACCUGGCAAACAUGGACGUCCUGGCCAACAAGGUGCUCAUGGUGAGAAAGGAGAAAUAGGAUUCCCUGGUCUUCCAGGUCCAAUGGGUCUACCGGGGCUUUCUGCUCCACCAGGGCAACGGGGAGAGAAAGGAGAACAAGGACUAGAAGGAGCUGCUGGACCACCCGGCGUUGACGGUGUACCAGGUGUACCAGGAUUACCUGGAAUUGAAGGACCAAAAGGUGAUAAAGGAGACAAAGGAGCAACUGGAUUUGGCUUACCGGGCCAAAAGGGUGAUCAAGGAGCACCUGGUAUACCUGGAAUUAUAGGCGAAAAAGGAGCUAAAGGGGAGCGUGGUUUUGAUGGACUACACGGUCAAACAGGCGCAAUUGGUUUACAAGGGGAGAAAGGUGAUAGAGGAUAUCCUGGUGCGCCAGGUUUGAUUGGUAUGGCUGGUGAAAAGGGCGACAAGGGCGAAGAUGCAGAGUUUAUUUUAGGAGAAAAGGGGGUAACAGGACCUCGUGGUCCUCCUGGGUUCGACGGUCUACCAGGCAAUCCUGGACCACCAGGUGUGCCAGGCAUAGACGGCACUCCAGGAAUGAAAGGUGAUCGUGGUUAUCCAGGUCCUCAAGGUCCUCCAGGCAUACCCGGACCGCAAGGUAUUCAAGGUUUACAAGGUGAAAGAGGUGAAACUGGUCGUACCGGUGCCACUGGGAUUCCCGGAACUCCAGGGGCUCCAUGUGUUACAACUGAUUAUUUGACGGGUAUUCUCUUAGUUAGGCACAGCCAGAGUGACGCAGUACCACAAUGUGAAGCUGGCCACGUCAAGUUAUGGGACGGAUACUCCUUACUUUACAUCGACGGCAAUGAAAAGGCCCACAACCAAGAUUUGGGUUACGCCGGCUCAUGUGUCCGUAAAUUCAGUACGAUGCCUUUCCUAUUUUGCGACCUUAAUGAUGUUUGUAAUUAUGCUAGUCGCAACGACCGAAGCUACUGGCUGUCCACUGGCCAACCAAUUCCAAUGAUGCCAGUUGAAGGCAAUGAAAUAAUGCGAUACAUAUCAAGAUGCGUGGUUUGCGAAGUGCCAGCAAACGUUAUAGCAGUACACAGUCAAACACUGGACAUUCCGAGCUGCCCGGCGGGUUGGCGAGAACUAUGGAUCGGUUACAGCUUUGUCAUGCACACGGGAGCGGGUGGUCAAGGUGGCGGCCAAGCAUUGGCUAGUCCUGGGUCAUGUCUCGAAGAUUUCCGCUCUACGCCGUUUAUUGAAUGUAACGGAGAGGGCGGCACUUGUCAUCACUUUGCCAACAAACUUAGCUUCUGGCUCACGAUUAUUGAAGACAAUAAACAAUUCGCAAAACCUGAACGUGACACACUUAAAUCUGGACGAUUAUUGGAGCGUGUCUCGCGGUGCUCCGUUUGCAUAAAAAAUACCGUUUAAUUAGUGUAAACAACAACAGAAUACAAUAAAUUACGAAAAGCAACUUCAAGCCCGAGUAUGUUCAAAUGAGUCGAACGCAAAACAUAGAUAUAUUAAAAUUAUUUCUACUUUACCAUAUUUCCAAAUUAACUUUAAAAUUUUACCAUAAUCGCGCUUUUUAUAUAAGUUGAUGUACGAUAAGCGGUUCCUUGUAUUUCUUCACGUUAUCUACGUGAAUAUACACCAAAGCAAAUUAAAUAUAGGAUUUAAAGAUACCUACAUUAAGACCUAGACUAUUUAAUUUUUAGACAGUCAUUCAUUUCAUCUUUGUGAUUUUUAUAUGAUUAUUUUAUUGCUUGAAAUUAUGUUCGCAAUCACUGAGAUCAUUCUCUAUGCUAUUGAUUCGGUAAUUGAAAUUCUCUUAAAUUUUAGUUAAGUUUAUUCAUUUCGCUAGUCAUACUUAACAAAUUUCACAUUAUAUAAUUCUGAGUGAAGCUCUUGAUCUUUAAUGUCAAAUUAGAUAAGUACGUAUGGAGCGGAAUUAAAACCCUACAGAAUUGCGUAUGUUAUUAUUUAAACAAAAUUUGGGCAAUAAAGUCGACCUACAUAAUUUAAAUAUUGUUGUAAGCACUGCCAUUGUAGAUAAAUUUAAUAGUUUAUAGUUACUUUAAGUAUAUUCAUACAAAUAAACGACUUAAAAGUU